GCAGCAGACGACGGUAGAGUACUCCGAAGUCAAAUCAAGGUCAAAGGUCGAAAAAUGACCUGGUCUACGUCAAUAUUGCCACGUCAAACAAUUAACAAAAGAAAUGAAAACUUGUCGAUAGGACUAUGCGGGUACAACGAGGCCCGUGCACUUCUUGUGUCAGACGACCUGUGACGCGUGGAAUUUUCCGGAAGUGAAUUUGACCCAUCUGCCGCAGUGGUGGACUCCAUCUUGUUUUGCGGCCCCAGAAUUCUUCAGCUGGAAGGAUGGCUGCGAACAAUUUCUAUGGAUUCACACAUGGAGGGACGCAGUACGGCGCGAGUCCUGCGGCUUAUCAAAAUGCCCAAACGCCCUAUGCGGUGACGCCUGCUGCCACUGCACCCACAUACUCUUCACAGCGACCAACUACAGGUUACGAGACUAGUUACCAAACUGCUGCGACCGCAGCUGCCCCAGCUGCAUAUGCAGCCGUUGGUGCCGGAACCGCUGCUGCGCCCAAUUACUCUGAUUAUGGAUAUGGCAACCCAGCACAGACUGCGUAUAGUCCAGCCAAGACAUAUUACCAACAGACUACAGCGGCUGCUGCUCCUUAUCCAACACCCGAAACUCUUUAUCAACCUCCAGCAAGACAACCAGCACAAGGAGUCCCCAAAGCGCCUGCCUAUGCAACCACUUACGGAGCCCAACCAGCGCAGCCAAAUGCCACUAACUAUGCUUCAAGUUAUAACACUCCUGCUGUGGUUCCAGCUCAGCCUAAUGCUAAAUCUGCAUACAGCACUAACCAAACCAACUCAAAUGCUGCUUUCACCACCAACUAUUCAGCCACUUCAGUGACGAACCAGACUGCACCCAAGGCUAAGCCUGCAAACGCCACAUAUUCAAACUAUGAUGCAGCUGUUUACAGUGCAGCUACUCUGUAUGCUGCUCAGCAAACAACAAAUCCCUCUGGAACGGCAUCUGCUACUGUUGGUCCUGUAGCAGGAACGGGUGUGGCCCAAGGUGCGGGCAAUGUUGUUAACAAGUUACAGUCUUCAGGCACAACCAAUACUAUGCCUGGUGGAAAUACAUCAACGUGGCAGAAUAAUUAUCGCAAGGGACCUGUCGGUGGUGGACUGAAACGAUCAUUCAAUCCUAAGCAGCCUCCUAAACAGCAGCAAGUUCACUAUUGUGAUGUUUGCAAGAUCAGUUGUGCUGGCCCUCAGACUUAUCGAGAACAUUUGGAGGGUCAGAAGCACAAGAAGAAAGAUGCUAUGCUGAAAGGAGGUGCAACAACCACCAAUAGCCAAAAUGCUUUGAAGUGCGAGCUCUGUGAUGUUGAUUGUACUGGCUCUGAUGCUUAUGCUGCGCACAUCCGUGGUGCAAGACAUCAGAAGGUGGUUAAACUGCACACGCGAUUGGGAAAGCCGAUACCCUCGACGGAUCCGGUUGUUCAAGGGAAAGUAGGAACCAGUGCCAAGGUCGCCGCAUCAAAUUCUAACUCAGGUACACCAGCCAGGAAGCCUGUGGCAAUUGCCAAUCCAACCUCAACUACACCAAAGAUCAACUUUAAUCCUUCUGCUAAUUCAUCUGCAUCUGCUGCCGCUUCAUCUUCUGGAAAUGUUGAGGCUAAAGAAGAUGAUGAUGAAGUGGUGGACAAAGAUGUCCAGCCUGUUGGUCAAGAUUAUAUUGAAGAAAUAAAAAAUGAAGAAGGGAAAUCUACUUCAUUCAUGUGCAAACUAUGCGAGUGUCGUUUUAACGAUCCCAAUGCUAAAGAAAUGCACAUGAAAGGCCGUAGACAUAGACUUCAGUACAAGAAAAAAGUAAAUCCUGAGUUAGUGGUUGAAGUGAAGCCUUCUCUGCGGCAACGGAAGGGAAUGGAAGACAAGCAGCGUCGUAUGCAUUUCAGAGAGGACUUCAUGAGGCGACGCGAUGAAGAAAGGAUGCGUGGUAUGAUGAUGGAAGAGGAAGAACGUAUUUACUGGGAGGAGAGACGGAGGUAUGAAGAGGAAAUGGAGUACUUCGAAUGGGUCCGGCGGUUCGGUCGGGAUCAUCGUCCUCUAGGUCCUCCGGGUCCUCCCAGAUUCGGUCCCCCGGGUCCUGGCAUGAUGAUGCCUCCCUUCUUUGGGCCAAACCCGAUGAGACGCCCAGAUUCAAUGGAAGACCGCCAUGUUCUGGCUCGUCACACGGAAAUAUAUCCUAGCGAAGAGGAGUUGUCCGCUGUACACAAGAUUGUCUCACAUUCGGAGAAAGCUCUGAAGUUUGUAUCAGAUCACUUGACUGAAAUUUCUCAAGCUGCUGGAACCAAACCUGGUGCAAAGCCGGCAACAAAACCAGUCCAAGCUAAAACCCCUACCAUUGUUAAAACAGAAUCGGGUGCAUCUCCAUCUACAUCUGCACCUGCUCCAAGCACCCCUCCAACACCAACCGCCACUCCAGCAGCGUCCGCUGGCACACCACCUGCAACCAAACCUGUUGUUAAGAAAGAAGAUGGCAGUGAUGGCAGUCUGUUUUCAUUCCAGCAAGGAAAGGAAGAGGGAUCAACUGGGCAUCGCUUGCUGAAAGGCGUGAUGCGCGUCGGCUCUCUUGCAAAGGGCCUUUUGCUUCAUGGUGACACUUCUGUGAACCUUGUUGUCUUGUGUGCAGAGAAACCAACAAGGACUUUGCUGUAUAAGGUUUCAGAGAACCUGCCAAAGCAGCUGCUGAUUGUUGCUCCAGAAGACAAAUACAGUGUGAAAUGCAAGCCUGAAGAUGCUGCUCUCGUUGUGAUUGGCGCCAAAGAGCCUCACAUUACUGUUACCAUCACUCUAACUUCACCCGUCAUGAGGGAACAGCUUGUGGCCCCUACUCCCAGUGAGGCAGCUGGUGACUCAGCUCAGGCAGCGAUUGUGAAGGUGAAGGACCCCCCAGACGUGCUGGACAAGCAGAAAUGUUUGGAGGCUCUUGCCGCCCUGAGGCAUGCCAAGUGGUUCCAGGCUAGAGCAACACAGCUUCAGAGUUGCGUGAUGAUUAUUCGCAUACUACGAGACUUGUGUCAGAGAGUUCCCACCUGGGCGCCUCUUCACAAUUGGCCGAUGGAACUUCUUGUUGAAAAAGUACUAAGUUCAUCACCACCUCCACUAAGUCCAGGAGAAGCACUAAGAAGAGUCAUGGAAGCUUUAGCAUCAGGCAUCAUGCUGCCUGGAGGCCCAGGAUUGAUGGAUCCAUGUGAGAAGGAACCAGUCGAUGCUGCAGGCUUGUUGAACGCCCAGCAACGGGAAGAUAUCACUGCUUCAGCACAGCAUGCCCUUCGUUUACUUGCCUUUAGGCAAGUACACAAAGUCCUAGGGAUGGACCAGCUACCGCCCAACAAGUUUGUUAGAAACCGGCAUGUAACUCGCAAACGCAGAAGAGAAGGAAGUGGCGGUGAAGGCAAUGAUUCAGAGGCUGUGGAUGGUAAGAAGGAUAAGAAGGAUGAACCAGUUAAGAUGGAUACAGACAAAUAGAAUAAUUUCCUUUGUCCAGAAAAUUUUAUUUCAAGUUGCAAUUAUUGUGUGUUAAGUGUGAGAAUGUGUGCAAAUAUUUCCUAUUGAAAUCAAGUUGUUUCUUUACCUUAUUAUUAUAGAAAGUUGUGAUUGUGUGUCUGUAACUCUUGUAUUCAGUCAUUACAUAAUAUUUUGUUGAUCUUAAAAGAUUUUUUUUCUUUGGUUUGAUUAGUGCACUUAUUCUCAUAUGCUUGAGCAUUUUUUUUUUAUUUUUUUUGUGGUUUGCACACUUGUAACCAGCCAAUAAAUCACUCAAUUUUCCCUUCUCUAGAAAAGCAUUCAUUGUUAUCAUAUCUGAGCUCUUCACAUGGCGUUUCUCUGAACAUAAUGCAAUUCCCACUCUUAACCAGAGUGGAAAAUCAUCUCUUGAGUUUCGUUCCUCAUAUUGAUUGAGUGUAUUAAUUGACUUAAUGCUAUUAUUUUGGUGUGCAACCAAAUCACAAUUUCAUUGGAAAAGCUAUCUAUAAAUUUAAAAAAAAUAAAAUGGUGUGGUGUGUGUGUUGUCAUCAACUCAAGCAUCUGAGUGAAUCAUAUGUUUUCUAGUAAUAAUAAUUAUUGUUUUGUUUGAUUUUGUUUAUUGAGUGACUAUUCUUUCACUGAGACAAGUGUGUCAACCUGAAUUUUAGUUUUAAUGACCCUUGGUGCUCCAAAGAGCAAUUGCUAUACUUGCCUUACAAAUGUUCGUGAUGAACGUUUAGUUAGGAGUAAUUUGGUAGUCAAGCAGGAGACUUGUCCAUGUCCUACCUGAGAUUUGAGAGGUUAUCAGAUAAUUCCCUAAACUCUAAUGCUUGGAGGAUGCCUGACUUCAAAAAAUUUCUUAUGCAAAUGGCAGAGGUUGCCCAUGUUACCAGCUAUUUGUUUGUUGAAUCCUGUGAAAUCCUUAUUUUACAAUUGCUCUUUGCACCAAAUGUUACAUUUGUUAUAAAGGAAUUGAACCAAGUGUCGUGUGCAAAUGGGCAUGGAAUAGGUAUGAUCACUCUUGCAGUGACCUGUGAUUUUAUGCAUACUAGAAAUUAAUUGUACAUUAAAGAUAUACCUAGAACAAAUAAAGAGUUAAAGUUGAA